UUCAACAGUUCGAUACCUCUGACGUAUAACGAGUUUACAGAGCAUCAAAGUUAUAUCUGUUCAAAAAAUCACUCAUAUGAUGUUUCAAUAUCACUUCACCUAUUUCUAGUAAAUUUGUGACGUCUGCUUUCAGAACACAUUGGUACCAAUGAAUAUCAGCCGGAUUUAUGUCAUAUGUUGAGAACGACUUUUAUACAGUAUGGCGGAGUUAUAUUGCAUGCAUUUAGGCGUGAGACGACAUGAUUUCAAUAAAAGCGAAUCUUGUGGAAGAUAAGUUUAUUUUUUAUAUAGGAAACGAGAUUUAGGCGAGAUAAGAUUUUUGAUUUGUUCUAUAUUCGCGUAAUCGGAAGGAUUAUUGCAGUGGAAUUAAACGUUUAGAUUGUGUUCGUGUGCUAGGAUUAGAUCAGUGAAAAAAUUCAUAGAUUUUGCAUCGCGUAAUUAACUUUAAUCUUUAAGAAUUAAGAAUAAAGUAUUUUCGUUUCUGUUUAUCACGGAUGGACGGGGUUAGUUUUGUAUGGUUCGAGGGUAAGUUUAAGAAUGGCUAGCGAUUUAUCGAGUGGUUGUACCGAAGCAAUUGAAGUGCUGGAUGAGAAAGAGGAAGGUGAAAUAUCCUUGGAAGAUGUAAGUUCUUCCGAGGAAGGACAUCUAAAUUACGGAUACGGAGCAAGGGUACCUCAAUGUUCUAACUGUUUGUCGACUCAACACAACACAGCGUGGUGCACUGCUUCUGCUAAAUUGUAUCACUCCAGAGGCCCUAAUAGAAGAGUAGAAGUUGACCUUAUUCUACAAGAUGCAGUCCAAGGAAAAGAAAACCGUCAUCAGAUUAAAGAAUCUGGAUGUAUUGGAGCAAAACAUACAGUUUCUACGCUUCAAGAAAAAAAUGAUGACCUUGUGCCUAUUUCGAGUGACAGUGAUAUGGAAAUUGUUGGUCUUGCAGACAAUUCUAAACAAAUUGUAAUACGUUCAUCAUCAAAAGGUAGAUUGAAAAAAAAGAAAAAAAGAAAAAGAAAUCAUGUAGCUGUGUUAUCAUUGGACGAUUUAGUUUCUUCAUCUACUGUGGAUGUAUCUAUACCUGACUGUGUCAGUACAUUGAAACAUGAAGUAAAAACUACUUCUUCAAGACCGUACCACAGAGAAAUAAGUCCUGUUCGUAGAACCACCAGAACUAGAGUAGCUUCAAGGUCACCUCCUAGAAGGCAUAGACCUAUUGUGCAGGCACAUUCUCCCUUUAGGAGAUCAAAAUCUCCAAUUAUUCAUGGUAGAUCAACAACAACAAGAAGAUCUCCAAAGAGAUUAAAAUCUCCUAAACGAUCUCCUUAUCGAUUGCCAGUUAAAACAAGUCCCAGGAAAACAUCUCGUCUUGACACAUUGUCAUCGUCUCACAAUUAUGUGGAGACUCAUAAGUUAUUAAAAAAGGUCAGACAUUUAGAUUCAAUAGGAACUGAUUCAUUAGAAGAAACACUGAAUAAGAACAAAGAACAUGCUUCUUCUUUGAAGGAAAAGUUAUCGAAUAUGAUGAAAAGAGUCUGUGACAAUAAUAGUGAUGUAACAGAUAUUUCUAAAGAAAAGUCCAAUACACGCAUAACUAAUUUAGAACUUAAUGACGCAGAUGACGAAGAAGAUUUAGCAUUAUUAAGACAAAAAGCACUUGAAACAAAACAAAAGAAAUCAGGUAAACAGAAUGAGCAACCAAAGACUGAAACUGUAAAAAAAAUAAGUAUAGAUGAUGAUCAAGAUGCAGAAGACUUAGAAUUGAGAAUGAUCGCACUUCGUUCUGCAGUAUUAAAGAAACAUCAGAAUAGAAUACAGAAAGGUAUGAAGUCAGGAAAGUAUAAGAAAUGCAAUGCAUCCAGGAGUGAAAGUCCAUUCACUCAAAGUUUUCUGGAUAGCAUUCCUAUACCAGGCGAAGAAUUACUAAAUUUUGCGUCACCACCUCAUACUCCACUUCCUAUGAUAGAAAAUAAUCAUACAGAAGAUAUGGACUUGGAUACAGAUGUUGAAAGGGAAAAAGAAAAAUUACCAUAUUCUCCAACAGAUAAAAUUACUGCCAAUAUACCUAUGGACACAGAAUUAUUAGGAAUUCAACCAUCUGAUGUAUCAUUUAUUAAUCUUCAUGAUGCAAAUAAUAGUCCAAGUUUUAGUACAUCCAUACCAUCUAGUCAGGAUGAUCAGAAGUCUUAUCAUGGAAAAAUAAUUGAAAAUCGAAGUUACUUACCAAAUGUUACAUAUUAUGCUGUACCACAAAGUACAUUUUAUGCAGCUCCAAAUUCCAAUAUGCAAUACUCGCAAACAGAUCUGCCCGAGACUGUUAUUCCAGAUUAUAUGAAAGUACAUAAUUCUCAUAUGAAUAUUCUCGAAAGUAAUAAUACUUCCAAUUUAGAUAACAAUUUAAGUCAAGAAACACCUUAUUCUCCAACUGAUACUCCUGUGUAUGAUCCUGAUCUAUCACAUGCACUUCCACAGACUCUUGGGCCAAUUGCUACCUCAAGUUCUUCCUUAGCAUCUUUAGGAUCUUCUUAUAUCCCAAAUAUGCAUGAAAAUAAUGAACAGAGCAAUCGCAUAUCAACAAUGCAACAUAAACAAAUCACAGAAUUAAUAAACAAUGUAACUGUUGAUGGACAUUUAGACAAAAUAGAAACACUCUCCAUGCAACCUAGCGUUGGUUCUGCUGCAAAUUCCCUACAAGAAUCAGUAUCGCCGGGUAGUUCAAUGAUAACAAUUGAUGACCUUCCUGAAACUGAUACAGAUGCAAGUCCAUUAACUAGCUCUAUUGAAAAUGUAAAAAGUAUGGAGUACAUUCCAGAUAGUAUAACAGACAGUGUCAAAGAACCUCUUUAUAUGAAAGGAAUACCGGAUGUUACCAAAGAUGUAAAUAAAAUACCGACAUUGAUUAACAGGACACUUGUUCCUGCAUCCAUUUUAAAAACGAAUAAACAGUUACAACAACCUUUACCUUUAAAAAAGGCUGUAAUAACUCAAGAACCAACAUUCAAAAGUGCAGAAAUGCAACCAGUUAGCUUGACUGAAGUCAAUAAUAUAAAGGCAAACACUUCUUUUAAACCAAUGAAAUUAAUGUCUUUCCCACAAAAAUCUCAUUCUGUUCUAUCAGUACCUACUGUAUUUCAUGAUUCUUCACAUGAAGAUUCAAUCAAUGAACAACCAAUGAAUGCAGAUGGUUUAUUGGUAGAAAGUAAUAAUAAUGCAACUUUGGUACAAAAUAAUGAAACUGUAAAUGCAGAAUGCCCGGAUAAAACCUGUGAUAUCAUAAGUCAAACUCAAAAGAGGAAAAGAAAAGGAAUGAAAAGAAAGAGUUCUAGUAUUAUGGUUACUAAAGAGCAUAAUAUAACAGGUACAAAUAAUGACAAUACAGAUAUUUUGAAUAAACAAGUAAAUAAAAUAUCUAAAAUCGAAAGGUCUAAAGAUAUAGAAAAUAAUACAAAUGUAUCUAAUUUAGAAACAUUCAAAGAUGAUGCUCAUCAAGGAAAUCAAAUUAUUUCGGAAACAAAUGAAAGUGAAAUAAAAAGUAAUGACACAUUAUCUAGUACAGUGGAAAAAGUAAAAGAUACAGCUAAUAGAAGACAAAGCUUAGAUGAAGAUGAGGAAGCAUUAAGAGCUAUUUUAUUAGCUUCGUUGCCAAAACGAACGAAAACGACCAAUCAAAAUCAUUCAAAUUCAGGUUCAAUAACAACUGUGACUACUGCAGCAGACUGUAUUAAUCAAACACUUGUAACUCAGACUGUAACAGCAGUUACAUUAUCUGUAACUAAUACAGUUAACAUAGUAAACACUACUAGUACAAUAUCUACAUCAAUUCCGCCUAUAAAUUCUUGUAAUUCUGAAAAUGAUAGAAAUCAAUCAAAUUCGAGUGAAAAAGUAAGUAAUACAGUUAAUUCACAGAGAAGUCUACCUGUUGAAACUGUUAAAACAUUAUCUGCAAUUAAUUCUGGGAGAAGAAAAUUAGUUCCUAUGAUUAAGGGUCCACAAAAGAAACAUAUGAAAAGAAUUCCAAUUCCUGCAAGUACGAAAGUUGUAAACAAUGCGAAAAAGUACCAAAAUGCAAUGAUUCAAAAGAAAUUGAAUGUACAAAAAGCUGUACUGUAUAGUAAACAGAAAGUAACAGAACACAAAACUGCUAUUAAAAUUCAGCCUAAUGACAACAAAUGGUCUACGAACACAAAAAUAGCAUCUGACACACAAAGAAUAGUAAUUAAUUUAGAAUCUGACACAGAAAGUGAUUCUGAAUCUGAACAGCGUAAGCAAAAAAUUGUAUCUUCAAUCAACUCUGCCUCAGUGGAUAAAGUACAGUCGAACGUAAAUGCCACAGCUGACUUUGAGAAAAAUUUAGAUCAAUUUUUACGAGCUGCACGAAAGAAACAAGAAUCUAUGGCAGCUGCAAGACCAACUUCAAUAUCACAGACACCUAAAAAAGAGACAACAUUAUUAACAAAAUUAGAAAAUUCAUCCAAUCUUCACACACCUCUGGCUGUACGUCACUUACCUGCAUCCCAACAAGAAGAAUAUCGUCGACUGAAGCAACAAAUUCUGGAACGAGAAAAAUUAAAAUUGCAUAGAACUACAGAAAAUAAUAGUUCUAUGAAGAAUAAGAACGUAGAAGUAAUACCAAAAUCAGUACCAUCCAACAGUCCCAAUAAAGAAUUAAAUUCGAAAAUUAAUCAGAAUACACUUACAAAAAAUCAGGAUUUAAAUGCACAACAACUUAACAAAGAAAAUUGUUCAAAAAAUUUAGAUUCACCAAAAAAUACAAGUAUCAAUAAAAUGCAUGGCAUGGAUAAGCAAGAAAAUACGAGUCCAAGCCAAACAAACAUAACAUCGAGAUCAAUAACAAAUCUUAAUAUAUGUAUAUCCAAUGAAAAUAAUUCAAACAACGUUGGUAAUAAAAUUGGAAAUCCUUUAAAACCAGUUGUUCCACAACCAAAAAUAUGUGAAUCACAGAAUGAAAUAUCAACUAAGUACCCGUUUUCGCAAAGCUUAAAAAUUUUAUCAUCGGAUGAAGUAAAUCGGAAAUUUGUACAAGUUCAAGUAAAAAAUGAUACACAUGAACGAGUAGUAACAAUAAAUGAUAAAGUGACCUUAAAUAACAAAACAGUGAUUAAACAAAAUGAAAAUAUUUCUGGAAGUAAAAGCACUAUUGAUAGAAAUUCGGAUGGUCAACUUACAAAUCAACAUUUACAAUCUGUAGAAAAGGAAAUAGUUACAAAUAACUUUUCCGUUAAUAAUAAUUCAGUGGAUUCAGAUGCAUCCACCAUUAUUUUAGUCAAAAAUGGUGCAAAUGUAAAUAGAGAAGAUAGUACGGAUACAUCUCGAUCAACGAUUCGACUUUCGCAAUACGAAGCAGAUAGUCGAGCAACAAUUUCUGUCACAGAAAAUAAAGAUGAUAGUUUUGCGUUAUUCAAGAAUAAUCUAUUAUCAAAUGAUAAGAGGAGUAUAGAAGAAAAUUGGGAAACAAUUAAACGGGAUGUAAAAACGGAACUAAACACUCUGAUAACUCUUCCGAGGGCGGAACAAGAGCAACAUUUAAUGGAUACCGAGCAAAAAUUAGUUUUGAAACGGUAUACGAUUUUGGACGACUUAGCGGAAAUGUCGGGUAGUCUUCGGCAGUGGCACAUGGAACGGGAUCUACAAACGAACUUGGUCGCAGAAGUGAAGAAACUCCGAGAGCAACUGAAAGUUGCUGAGGAAAGGUUGCAGCUGCAGCGUAAUCGUAUAAAUAGUAUAGGCCCUAAGGUAGUAGCGGCACACGGAAAAAUCAACGCGGGCCGACAAGAAUGUUUUAAACUUGUAACAAUUUGUUCAAGUUUGGGAAGUAGAAUUAGAGGAAAAGAAUACAAGGUACCUGAAGCUGGAGCACAACUUUUAGAUAAUAGAUUAAAAGAAGUAGUCAAUCACACUCGACAACUUUCUCGGAAGAAAGUACCAUCGAUUUAUCUUUCCGAAGCAUACGAAUCGACAAAAUCAGACGAUACUGUGUCCACUGUGCAUUCGGAUGCUUCACAAAGUGAAGCCUUGUUGAUAGUACAAGAUAGUGUAGAUAAUGUUGGUAACGUUGAUAAUACUAAUGCAACGAUUUUAAAUACGAGUAACUGUUCACUGAAAGCAAGCGAAAUUGAAAACAAUAUAUCAGAAGAAACAACUAUAGUAGACGUAAAAGAAAUCAAUGAAGAAGAACAAAACAUAACAAAAAAUAACUCGUCCAUUAGUAAUAAUGUAGAAAAUGUACCUCAACAAAGCAACACAGAAGAAGCAUCUAGUAAAGACUCGAGUGCCUCUAUUACAGUUUCUAAUACCCUUCUUUCAACAAACUCCGAAGAACCGAACGGGAAAGAACCAUUAGAAGAUAUGACAAUGAGGCCUGAAUCAGCUGCUGAAUCUUGCAACCAAGACAGGACCUUCACGAAACCGGAGAUGGAACGUUCGACUAAGAAGACACUUUUACCUUAUGAAUCGAUAUUAGUACACUUUAAAGUGCCAAGGAAUACGAAUCCUAAUGGCAUUCUUUGUCCAUAUGAACUGAUGGGGACAUGCAACGAUGGCGAAUGUCAAUUUAUUCAUCAGAGAGAGAGUCAAGCCAAGUAGCAUAUAGCUACUAAAGUGGCAUUGUUAAGUUAUACGUAAGGUGGUUUUAAUCUUUAAUCAUAACAUUCAGAGGGCUUUAUGAAAUAAAAAUCCAAUCAAGCCUUUUAAUGAAAGCGAUCACGGCUUUCUAAAAUUCGUCUCAACAUUGGAACAAGAAAAACGUUUCUUGUUCUAAGUGUUAUUACUCUUCUAAUUGCAGGUUCUAUUUCUGACGAAGCAAUGUACUAUAUGGAUGGCAUAAUCCUGUUAACAACCGAAGAUGUCACACCCGAAGAUGGUAAGUUGUCUUCAUCAUGGCAGGAGUUUGUGCACAAAUUAAAAUAGCCAUUUUAUUCUGUAAGGAUCUUAUAUUUUAAGCAAAACAAAAUUUUUCAUACUGUGCUAUUUCAAGCUUCUAUUCUAUCAAAAGUUUAAGGAAGAAUUGCUGCAAGUGUUUAUUUUUUACAUAUGUAAAAAGUGUCAUAUAAACUGCAAGUAGUUAGUGUGGUUAAUGUAAGGAAAAGAAUAAAAGAAGAAAUUAUUGACCGAUUGUUGAAGACAGCCAUACAACAGGCCAACGUCGGGCAUUACAACAAAUAUUCAUUUCAAAACUUCUAUAUAAGUUACCUCAUAAAAUGUCUUGUACCUGUAUAAUAAAAGAUUGAUAUUUUUUUUU